AUGAACCGGUCUACUUUUAAUAUCCAGCCCCUGCACCGCUUCGGCGGCGCAAAUACCUCUAUCAGGAGACCAAGGGAAAUCGCUUGCUUCUCUUAUGAUGAACAGCGUCGUUUUUCGCUGGGCGAUUCGUCCAUGGCCUACUACUACACGCCGGCUCUCCCUGCAGACCUGAACAAGGGCUAUGAGACAUUCCAGAAGCUCAAUGAUGUCGCCGAUGAGCACUUGGAUGCUUUACUUGAUACCCUUGUUGCUUAUGAAAAAGAAACAGAGAAAAAGUGUGAUGUAGACAUCGUCACAUGGAGAGGGAUGAUGACGAAGAUUCUAACAACCCCCUUUGAUAAUAUGAAUGGAUUCAUUGAAGAAAACAACGAGUACAAGAACCAACAGAAAGAGAUCCAACGCAAGCGAGGAUCGCCACCUGGAAUGGCGCCGCAAGAACUCAUGAUGUAUUGGGGCUACAAAUUCGAAAAGCUGGCUGUUCUUUCGAAAACGUGGGAUGAAUCGACCCGUGAAGAGAUCGAAGGACGCGGGGACGAAGUCGUCAACAACGCAGCACAAUAUUGUUCGGUUGUACGCACCGGGAUAGGUAACGUGCGUCUGAUUCUCGGUGGAGAGGUUGACGCCAUCUGGGACAGCAAGCCAUCGAGAAAAGAAAGCCCCGUUAACUGGGUUGAGUUGAAGACAUCGGCCCAGAUCCGCAAUGAACGUGAUAUGAUAAAGUAUGAGCGGAAAUUGCUCAAGUUUUGGGCACAGUCAUUCCUGCUCGGUGUGCCUAAGAUCAUCGUGGGAUUCCGUGAUGAAAAUGGGAUUUGCCAUAGCUUGGAGGAGCUGGACACAGCCAGUAUCCCCGGGAAAGUGUUGAGUGUCGGCCGGCGUUCUUGGGACGGAAACGUCUGCAUCAAUUUCACUGGUGCAUUCUUGGAAUGGCUUAAGAAGACUAUCAAUCAGGAGGGAACGUGGAGAAUCCGGAAGAAGGAGAAGUCUCCGGUCAUCGAGGUCUAUCAAGUUGAGGAGCAAGGACAUGGCGAUAUUCUCUCGCCUGCUUUCAAGGCCUGGCGAUCGACCACGACCUCUGCAAGUUCAUGA